AUGUUCCGGAUGUCGUCGGGGCGGAACGCGAGUAAGUGGCGGCGCAAGAGGAAGGUAGUAAGUGCUCAGUCCCCGAUAACGCCGUUCGAGAUCGUAUCGAGCGCGUGGAAAUCUGUAAAUUCGCGCGCGCCCUCCGACCGCUCGCGGCGCCCGUCCCGCUCGGGCCCACUAGCGGCGUCCCGCUCGCGCACGCCCACGUGCACA